CACACACAGAGCAGAAAGGGUUUAGGGGAAGGCUCCAGUGUUAUUAACAAUGCUUAUGGCAGUGAGAAGGCCUGGGCUCUGGAAUAAUCUCCAUUCUUUGUCUUCAAACCUGUCAAAUUUCCACAAUUCAUAAAAGUCUCUUCCUUAGAGUAGUCCAGGAUGGCUACUCUGAUCUUUGUUGAUAAGGAUAAUGAAGAGCCAGGCAGCCGUUUGGCAUCUAAGGAUGGGUUGAAACUGGGCUCCGGGGCCAAGGCCUUAGAUGGGAAAUUGCAGGUUUCAACAACUCGAGUUGGCAAGGUGUUCAAUGCUCCGGCCUUGCCCAAAGCCGGCAGAAAGGCUCUGGGCACCAUCAACAGAGUUAGCGGAAAGCCCGUGAAGACUAGAAAUCCCCUCCAACCAAAACAGCCAACCUUGGCUGUGAAAAAGAUCACCGAGAAGAAGUCUGCUAAGACACAAAGCUCUGCUCCUGCUCCUGAUGAUGCCUACCCAGAAAUAGAAAACUUCUUCCCCUUCAAUCCUCUAGACUUUGAGAGUUUUGACCUGCCUGAGGAGCACCAGAUCUCAGUUCUUCCCUUGAAUGGAGUGCCUCUCGUGAUCCUGAAUGAAGAGAGAGGGCUUGAGAAGCUGUUGCACCUGGACCCUCCUACCCCCGUGAAGACAUCUUUUCUACCGUGGGAAUGUGAUCCGCUGCAGUCUCCUUCCAGUGCCCUCUCCACUCUGGAUGUUGAAUUGCCACCUGUUUGUUACGAUGCAGAUAUUUAAACUUCUUACUCCUUUAUAGUUUAUGUAUGUUAUAUUAAUAAAGCAUUUGUGCAUAUGCUCA